AUGGUGGCGGCGGCGGCAGGACCACCCUCAGAGAACUACGGUCUCUGGUUCUUCCUGGCAGAGACAGGAAGGAUUCUGCCUGUGGGCUUGGCCAGACUACUGGAAGCUUCCUACUUUGCCUGGCAUUACGAAGGUAGACCUGGGAGUGGGGACGGCCAAGGGCAGAUACUCCAGCGCUUUCCAGAGAAGGACUGGGAGGACAACCCUUUCCCUCAGGGCAUUGAGCUGUUCUGCCAGCCGAGUGGGUGGCAGCUCUUCGGCGAGAGACACCCCCCAACCUUCUUCAUUGCUGUCCUGACAGACAUCAACUCGGAGAGGCAUUACUGCGCCUGCUUCACGUUCUGGGAGGCGGUUGAGAGCGCCCAGAACCGUUUGAAGAAUGAGGAGGAGGAGGAGGAGGAGGUGGCAGCUCUCAUUCCGCCCGCUCAGCUUUUUGCCCCCAAAAGCUUGGUGCUUGUCUCUCGAUUGGACCAUGCCGACGUCUUCCGGAACUGCCUGGGGCUGAUCUACACCAUCUACGUGGAUGGGCUGAGCACGUCCUUGGAGACCGUCAUUGGGAGCCUCUUGACCUGCACCAUCCCCAUCACGGGGGGUACCCAGAGGACCAUCUCUCUGGGUGCAGGCGACAGGCAAGUGAUCCAGACGCCCAUCACCGACUCCCUGCCAGUCAGCAACUGCAGCGUGGCCCUUCUCUUCCGGCAACUUGGGAUCACCAACGUGCUCUGCCUCUUCUGUGCCGCUCUGACGGAGCACAAGAUCCUCUUCCUGUCCAGCAGCUACCAGAGGCUGACGGAGGCCUGCAGGGGCCUGCUGUCCCUCAUGUUCCCCCUGAAGUACAGCUUUACGUAUGUUCCCAUCCUGCCGGCUCAGCUCCUUGAGGUUCUCAGCACACCCACCCCUUUCAUCAUCGGCGUCAGCUCGGCCUUUCAGUCCGAGACACAGGAACUGUUGGACGUGAUUGUUGCAGACCUGGAUGGUGGGACGGUCACAGUCCCUGAGUGCAUUCACAUCUCCCUGCUGCCUGAGCCGCUUCUCCAUCAGACACGAGAGGCCCUCUCCAUGGUCUUGGACCCCGAGCUGGAGAUUGCAGACCUGGCCUUCCCCCCCUCCACCAUCUCCGCUUCCUCCCUCAAGAUGCAGGACAAGGAGAUCCGGGCUGUUUUCCUGCGCUUGUUUGCGCAGCUGCUUCAAGGCUACCGCUGGUGCCUGCACAUCAUCCGCAUUCAUCCGGAGCCCGUCAUCCGUUUUCACAAGGCAGCCUUCCUCGGGCAGAGGGGACUUGUAGAAGACGACUUCCUCCCCAAGGUGCUGGAGGGCAUGGCGUUUGCCGGCUUUGUGACCGAGCGAGGCCCCCCGUACCGGGCCACCGACCUCUUUGACGAGCUGGUGGCGAACGAAGCCAAGCGGAUGCAGGCAGAGGCAGGGAGUCGGGUUCGGGUCCUGCGCCACGUCAAGGAGCUGGCAGAGCAGCUGUACAAGAAUGAGAACCCGUACCCUGCCGUGACGAUGCACAAAGUGCAGAAGCCUGCCGAGGGCUGCCACCACUUGCGCCUGCACCAGAGGCCUUUCCCUCGUCUGGAUGAGGGGACCAUCCAGUGGAUCAUUGACCAGGCCACAGCCAAACUCCAGACGGCGCCCCCGGCAGUGAAAGCAGAGAAGAAGGGCAUGGUGCCAUCUGGGCCUCCUCUUGGUGCCAUCACGGAGCGCAAUGGCGUCGUCUUGGCCAACAGUGCCCGUCGGCUGGAGGUAGUGAGGAACUGCAUCACUUACGUCUUUGAGAGCAAGAUGCUGGAGGCCAAAAAGCUUCUCCCUGCUGUGUUGCGAGCCAUGAAGAGCCGGGCGGCCCGGCAGUGUCUGACUCAGGAGCUGAACCUGCACGUGCAGCAGAACCGGGCGGUGCUGGACCAUCAGCAGUUUGACUUCAUUGUCCGCAUGAUGAACUGCUGCUUACAGGACUGCAGUGCUGCAGAUGAACACGGGAUUGCUGCAACGCUUCUGCCACUGGUCACUGCUUUCUGCCGCAAACUCAGCCCAGGGAUCACACAGUUUGCCUACAGCUGCGUGCAGGAGCACCUGGUGUGGACCAAUAUCCAGUUCUGGGAAGCCAUGUUCUACUGUGACGUGCAGAACCACAUCCGGGCUCUGUACCUGGAGGGCACGGCGGAGGAUGGCGUGCAGAAGAAGGAGCAGUCGGCGCUGGAGAUCGCGGCGGAGCAGUGCUGCCACUGGCCGACCCUCAGCCGCGAGAAGCAGCAAGAGCUGAUCCAGAAGGAGGAGAGCACGGUCUUCAGCCAGGCCAUCCAUUACGCCAACCGCAUGAGCUACCUGUUGCUGCCCCUGGACACCAGCAAGAGUCGGCUGCUGCGGGGCUCGGGCCUGGCCGAUGCCGAGAGCGUCAGCAACAGCUUCAUCACCAACAGUAUUGCCGGCAGCGUGGCUGACAGCUAUGACACGGAGAGUGGCUUCGAGGAGGCCGAGAGCUCCGACGUGGCCAACUACGUGGUGCGAUUCAUCAACCGCUUUGUGGACAAGGUCUGCACAGAGAGCGGCGUCACCAACGAGCAUCUCAAGGGGCUGCACGUCAUGAUCCCAGGCAGGUCCCUGGGCGGGGCUCCCAAGCUCCUCCGGCCGAGCUUGCUGAUCGGGGAAGAGAGCGUGAUGGAGGGCCUCCGUGUGUACCUCAUGCCCGACGGGAGGGAAGAAGCGGCCGGGGGGAGCACGGGGGGCCCGGCCCUGCUCCCUGCCGAAGGAGCCAUCUUCCUCACCACCUACCGCCUCAUCUUCAGAGGCACCCCAACGGAUCCGCUAGCUGGGGAGCAGGUGGUGGUCCGCUCCUUCCCCGUGGCUUCCCUGACCAAGGAGGAGAAGAUCACGGUCCAGGCCCAGGUGGACCAGUUCAUCCAGGAGGGCUGCGCUCAGCUCCAGCUGCGCUCCUGUACAUUCCAGCUGCUGCGCAUUGCCUUUGAUGAGGAGGUGGCCUCGGAGAGUGCGGAGAUCUUUAGGAAACACCUGAGCAAACUGCGCUACCCGCAGCACGUCUCUGACACCUUUGCUUUCACGGCAGGCCAGGUGGCCAAGCCGGUGGUGCAGCCCAAGGCCAAGGAGAAGAACCCGUCGCUCAGGGCCAUCUCCAAGAUCCUGGUGAAGAACGCAAAGAAGACCAUUGGCCGUCAGUACGUAACCCGCAAGAAGUACACCCCCCCUCCAUGGGAGCAGCGCGGCACCCAGCAGCACUUCCCGGAGGACCCGGAGGACGAGAUCUCGGUGUCGGAAGAAGUGGAAAGAAGCACCUUGACGCCCUCCACCACCACCAUCAGGCCCUCGGACAAGAUGACCAUGAGCCACCUGGUGGAGCGGGCCUGCUGCAGGGACUACCAGCGCCUGGGCUUGGGCACGCUGAGCAACAGCCUCACCCGCUCCAAGAACGAGCCCUUCCGCAUCUCCACGGUCAACCGGAUGUACGCCGUCUGCCGGAGCAAAGGGAUGGGGCGCUUUCCUCCACCCGACGUGGACUGGGGAGGGGGGGGGCUUCAGCCUGGGCCGCCCACCCCGGAGAAGCAGCCUCCAGAUUCUUCCGAGAAGCGGCAGCCCAAGCUGGGAUCCCUUAUGAAGCAGGUGAUGGGAGGGAAGGACGAAGGGCCCGGCACUCUUAGCCGCGGAGGUGAGAAGCGUUUGGCCACGGUGCCGGGAGUGAAGCCGGACCCGUUGCAGCACUGGGAGGUGGUGCCCAUCGAGGUUUUUGAGGCGCGGCAGGUCAAGACCAGCUUCAAGAAGCUCAUGAAGGCCUGCGUGCCCGGCAGCCCGGCGGCAGAGCCCGGCGUGACCUACCUGCGCUCCCUGGAGGAGUCGGAGUGGCUGGUGCAGAUCCACAAGAUCCUGCAGAUCUCCGUGCUUGUGGUGGAGCUGCUGCAGACGGGCUCCUCGGUGCUGGUCAGCCUGGAGGACGGCUGGGACAUCACAACCCAGGUGGUGUCUCUCGUGCAGCUGCUGUCGGACCCGUACUACCGCACCAUGGAGGGGUUCCGGCUUCUGACUGAGAAGGAGUGGCUGUCCUUUGGGCACCGGUUCAGCCAUCGAGGGGCGCAGACCUUGGCUAGCCAGAGCAGCGGCUUCACGCCCAUCUUCCUCCAGUUCCUGGACUGUGUCCACCAGAUCCACCUGCAGUUCCCCCUGGAGUUUGAGUUCAGCCAGUACUACCUGAAGUUUCUCGGCUACCACGCCGCGUCCGCUCGUUUCCGCACUUUCCUGCUGGACUCUGACUACGAGCGACUAGAGCUGGGCCUCCUGUAUGAAGAGAAGGGGGAGCGGAAAGGGUCCCCCCAGCUCUUCAGGUCCGUCUGGGACUACAUCGACCGCCUGAACAAGAAGACUCCGGUCUUCUUCAACUACAUGUAUGCCCCCGAGGACGGGGAGGUGCUCCGUCCGUACAGCAACAUCUCCAACCUCAAGGUGUGGGACUACUACACACGGGAGACCCUGUCCGAGGGCCCCUCGUACGACUGGGAGCUGGUGCAGGGCCUGGCGGAGCCCAGCGAGGAGGCCGGGCAGCAGGACACCAGCGCCCCGCAGAGCAGGCGCAAGAUUGUCUGGCCCUGCUACGACAACUGCAGCCGCCUGGAGCCCGACGCCAUCUCUCAGCUGCUGGAGGAGCUCCAGAACCUGGAGAUGGAGCUGGGGCAGGUUCCGGAACGUUGGAAAGAUACAUGGGACAAAGUGAAGGCCUUCCAGCGGUCAGAGGCCCAGGCAGACUCUAGCAGCCGGGUAGCGGCUGGCUCCCUGCUGAUGGCCUCCAGCCUGCCACACCAGCGGCGCUCCCUGGGCGUCUACCUGCAGGAGAGCGGCGUCAGCUCCACCAUCAACCUCAGCCUGGACAGCGACACCAGCAGCACAUCCACCCCGUCCAGUGGGAAGCAGGGGGGCCGCAGAAGCACCAGCACCCUCUACAGCCAGUUCCAGACGGCAGAGAGCGAGAACCGGUCAUACGAGGGAUCGCUUUACAAAAAAGGAGCCUUCAUGAAGCCUUGGAAGCCACGGUGGUUUGUGCUGGAUAAAACCAAGCACCAGCUGCGGUACUACGAUAGCCGUCUGGACACGGAGUGCAAAGGAGUCAUUGACCUGGCGGAGGUGGAGUCCAUCGCGCCAGGCACUCCCACCAUGGGAGCGCCGAAAAUGGUGGAUGAAAAGGCCUUCUUCGAUCUGAAGACGACAAAGCGUGUUUACAAUUUCUGCGCCCAGGAUGUGCAGCUGGCCCAGCAGUGGAUCGACCGCAUCCAGAGCUGCUUGUCUGACGCCUGAGCGUGUCCUGUUGUUGCCCAUCCGGGCCUCAGCAAGUGACGGAGUCUGGACAAGGCGAACGGAGGGUCCACGCAGGAAGGAGAGGCCCCUCUGUCUCUGUGGCCCCGCCCGGGCUGCUCUUCCUGCCGGGUCGGUGUGUGACACCGGGGUCGGCACAGGCUGGGGGGGGGAGCAAAGCAGCAGGAAGCGCAAGUGGAGGAGUCUCCGCCGCCCCACCCCCCAGUACUGCCCUAGAGAUCUCGGCUUCCACACUUUCCGGGGGGGGCAGAUUAUGGUGAGGAGGCCCUUCUUCUGCCUCCUGGAGCUCGCUGGCAUGUUCGCUGGGAGGGCCCGCCGCUGCUCUGGCAGGGAAGGAGGAAGGGGCCAGGUGCUCAGCCACUGCGCUGCUGAGGAAGGAUGGCAGCCUGAACAGUAUUCGAGUCCUGGAGCCCUUGGGCCUUGUGCGUGGCAGCACCAGGGCCGGGGUCCGUGGCUCCUGGCACUGGUUCUCGGGGGAGGAGACUGCCCUCGCCAGUGCACGAGUGGCAUGUGGGCUCCGGCAUUCUGGAUCUCUGGUCUGCUGCCGGCUGUGUGGAAAUGGGUCUGGGGUGGGGGUCCGGGGUUGGCAGCCUUGGGUUGGCCGGCCCCUGGAUGAUGGUGCCACUUCUCCUCGGCUGCUCACACGCCCCGGAGCCUUCAGUAGCGUCCCCGCAGGCAGGCAGGCAGGCAGACCUCUGUCUCUCUGGUGUCCUGCUGGCCACUGAAUGCAGCUGGUGACCCCGUGACAGCUUCCCUCCCUCCCUCCCUCCCGGUAUCGUAUGUUCCCAUCCCAAAGAAAAUCAUGUUGCUGCCUCUCCUCAUGGGUUGCGGAGCACCCUUCCUCCACGUGUGUCUGCUGGGUUGGUUUGGCAGAGGCAGUACGAUCUCCCCUCCCAGAGGAAUGUUUUAUCCGAAGCCUUGUACAUACUCUUCUGCCUAGUGCCCCACCUCCCCUUUUCCCUACUUUUUAAAUUUGUACAAUAAAGGCUGAGGCGAGGUAGUGCAGGCUGUUGUGAAAUGGAGGGUUUUGUAACUUACCUGAGCGGUUGUAGAUUAUUGAAGUUUCUGUACAUUGUGUCAAACCUACAGAGUCCUUGUAUUGUAUUGUGCCUAGAGGAAAAAAUAUAUGAAGAGGAAAAAAACUUAAUUCAAUUUAAUAAAAAA